UCCCGCCCCCGCCGUGGUCCGCCGCUGCGAGGCGUCCGCCAUUGGGUCUUGCGCCCCCCGAGCGUUAGGACGUGUGCGGGGCCCGCAUGGUGGGAGAGUCGCAGGGUGUCCCCGGGGCCAAGGGGUGAAGUGAGGAGCGGACUGAAGCAUCGCGCGGGCGAGAGCGCGGCAAGGAAGGCGGUGUCCGCACACCGACGGUCCCAGGAAGGGGCGUCCCCGAGCCUCGGGCGUGAGCACCGGGGCGGCACCUCGCGGACCCUCGGCUCGCGCCGGCACCAGAACUACGCGUGCGCGGCAAGGGUCCUUCCGCGGCGGAGCCGGAGACCCCCACAGGCGGCGGCUCGAGGACGCGCCGGGAGCUGGUGACGCCCGUCAUGGCGCCCCUGUGUGGGCCGAGGCGGUGCCGGGCGCUCCUUGCCCUGCUGGGCGCGCUGCUCCUCUCCGGGGCGGAGGCAGUCGACGGAGAACGUGGCCUCCACGACUUUUGCCACGUUUCCCAAGUGGUGGGAAGAUGCCGGGCUUCCCUCCCAAGAUGGUGGUACAACAUCACGGACGAGUCCUGCCAGCAGUUUGUGUACGGAGGCUGCGAUGGAAAUGAUAAUAACUACCUGACUAAGGAGGACUGUCUGGAGAAAUGUGCCGGCGUCACAGAGAAUGCCAUUGACGUGCCGGCCACCAGCAGGAGUGAAGCCGAGCCCUCUGUCUUGAGUGUUCCCAGAAGGCAGGAUUCUGAUGACCUCUCCAGCGAUGUUUUCAACUAUGAAGAGUACUGCACUGCCAAGGCGGUCACCGGGCCUUGCCGCGCAGCCUUCCCCCGCUGGUACUUUGACGCCGAGAAGAAUUCCUGCAGUAACUUCAUCUACGGAGGGUGCCGGGGCAACAAGAACAGCUAUCGCUCCAAGGAGGAAUGCAUGCACCGCUGCUUCGGCAAGCAGUCGUAUCCUGUCCUGCCCCGCAGCUCUAAAGUUGUGGUCCUGGCGGGGCUGUGCAUGAUGGUCCUGACCCUCUGCCUGGGAGCCUCUGUGCUCUGCUUGGUCAGGGCGGCCCGGAGGAACCAGGAGCGCACCCUCAGCACCAUCUGGACCUCCGAGGACGACAAGGAGCACCUGGUGAAGAACACGUAUACCCUGUGAACAGCCAUCGCCUCAGGAACCUCUGUUGAUGGGGAGUGCAGGGCAGGGGAGGGGAGACGGGACAACUGCAGGAUGUGCGUGUGCGUUUCUGAAAUACAAGUCUGAUUUGUGCUCCUGAUAUCAGUGGGCUUUUGGGGCUUUUCCUUACUCCAGAAGGUAAGAAGUCUCCUUCCGCCCUCACGGGGCCAGUGUGCUUUGGAACUCCCCUGAGGGAAGGGCUGUCUCUCUUCACGUUGCAGAUAGUCUGCAGGAGACCAGAACCGUCUGCUCCUUGGCUUACCGCUUUGCUCCACGUAGAAUUCUCUUGGCUCGUAUCGAAUCCUUCUGCCUCUUUCCCGUCACAAAAAACGAUGUUUUCUUAGUUCCCUUUGUUUGGUUGAUUUUGAAUUUUUUAAUUAAAUAAGUAGAAACAAAAGUUUUUUUUUUUUUUAUUAGGUUUCUGAAAGAAACACAAUAAAAUGUACAAGUUUAAUAAAAAGGGCUUUCCCUGUUAAAAGAAA